UUAUAUCAUAUUAAGAGUCAAAAUUUUCUUUUCAUCUAGCAUAAAUAAAUGCUCAUAUUACUCAUUCAAUCAAAUGAUCCUAUUUUAAAGUUUCACUUAUUAAUUCAUUUACAGAUUGUAGAUGAGCUGAGGAGUGAUCUUUGGGCAACCAGUUGGGAACUCCAAGAGCUGAGAAACAAUGUUGGAGAGGAGUUGAGGAAGAAAGAUGAGCAAAUAAAUCAUUUGAUUCGGCUACUUAACGCGGCCAUUCAAGAACGAGAUGAAGCCAGAGACCAAUUACAAAUGCUCCUAGCUUAUCAGAGACAGCCAGAAACCCCACUAUUGAUGCCAGCCAAAUGCAGCUCAAGCUUUACUGAUUCUGAAAGCCUUUCCGACAUACAAAAUCAACACUCCUAUGCUCUUUCCCCUGUCAUCAACUCCGCCGCCGGCGACGGCGAUUCAAUCACAAUCGCCGGCAUCAAAUCUUCAAAUUUAUAUAUUGAUGAGUCAAAGAAGUCGGAGAUGAACAUUUCUGUCCCAUCCAUUAGAUGCAAAUAUGACGUCGUCGAAUCAAAAUUAGAUCAGUUGAUGAAGAAGCCUUUACCAGAGCAAGGAAAACUUCUGGAAGCUGUGAUGGCUGCAGGGCCUCUCUUAUGCACUCUUAUGGUGGUAGGUGAUCUUCCUCAGUGGAGGAAUCCCCCAUCCUUGAAGCCUUUUAGAAGCUGCUUCAAUGGCUGUUAA